CAGCAUCAUCCCUUUUAAUUCGCGAUCAGCGGUUACCAUGAGUUUAGUCGUGGUUCUCCGGCUCUGGCUCAGUGUGGAUGAAACUCCCGCACCCCACCACCGCCCAGCGCGGCGCGUGUCAUAGCACUGGGGGAACAAAAGUGAGCCCGUCCCCCGUCCCGCAGAAUUAGCCUUUUAAUAGGGCUCUUCUCGGCUUAUUGUUUUCCUCGUGAAUAGACGUGGUGCGCAGAAGAGGUGCUCUGAAUCGAGUUACAAUUAACAAUAUGCUGGAAUAAUUAACAAGAAUAAUUGACGGCCAGUGGGGACCGAGAUGGGCGGGCCGAUUACACUCGAUGGGGAGCGAUAAUGAUUUCCCCCUAGUUAAAGCUGGCUGGCGGCGCGUUUUACCACGCGCCGCUGCGGGCCGCGCGUGCCUUCGGACCGCGGACACGUGCUCUGACGUCACCAGCACGCCGGGCGCUCAUUGGUCGCUCGGUGCCUAGGCGGGGCGGCGCUUAACGAACUAUAUAAACCCAAUGUAAAGCUGUUGCAAAAUCAUCUGACUUCAUUGAAGCUUAUUGAGUUAGUUUAGUCAGGUCUGUCCUUUCAUUCCAAUUUAGGUUGCGAUUGGUCAUUAUCAGUCCGAUACUGUUUCCGCGAACGAUUCCUGUUUUUUGCUGCCGUCUGCGAACUUUGAUUUUCGGUCAUCUUCCGGCGCCUCCUGUGGGUUUCCGACCCAGAGAAGUGCCAUGAGUGGCGACCAGCAGGAAUAUCUGGCACAGGAGGGUCCACCAGUGAGCCAACAUCAGCAGCAGCAGCAUGGUCUGCUUCCUCAGUAUCAGCAGCAGCAGCAACAACACCUCUACACGACACCGCAGGCCUCCAAAUCUCCGACGGACCCGCGCAACUUCCACUCGAUCCAGGUGAUGCUAGGCCUGGGUCAGGAGCUGUACGGCGUCGGCGGUGACCCCGGCGGCCUGCUGGCGACCUCUCUGUCCGAGCUGACACCCCCGGGCAGCGUGACCUUGACCCCACCGCCGGCGGUGAGCUCGGUGCCCCCACUGGCGCCCCAGCAGCACCAGCAACACCAACAGCAGCACCAACAGCAGCAGCAACAGCAGCAGCAGCCACCGGCAACGUCCGCCGCACAGCCUUCUACGUCGGAAACUAAGAAAUCUGAGAAAUCUUCAAAGAAAAAUGAAUCUGGUGUGAAGAAGAAGAAAACGAGGACCACGUUCACGGCCUACCAGCUGGACGAACUGGAGCGGGCCUUCGAGCGCGCUCCGUACCCGGACAUUUUUGCGCGCGAGGAGCUGGCGCUCAAACUGAACCUGAACGAGUCGCGCGUGCAGGUCUGGUUCCAGAAUCGGCGCGCCAAGUGGCGCAAACGAGAGCCGCCGCGCAAAAACUACGUGCCCGGCAUGUCCUCCGGCCCGCUGUUGGGAGCGCCCAUCAACUCCUUCAACGUCACCAACUACUCUCAGGUGCCGGACUGGUCAUACGGCACUUCCUACGACGGCCACAUGAACCUCUUCAACGCCAACACGUACGGCUACCAGCCGCAGCCGCCCCCUCCGCCCCCUCCGCCGCCACCGCCCCUCGGCUCGGCUCCGCCCCCGGUCAGCGCUUACUCCGCCUACCAGCCGGUGCCGCAGCCAAUCAGCGACUGUCUGUUCGCGCAGUCGCAGACGCCGCCUCGCGCGGAUUUUGGGCCGCUGCGAGGGGAGAGCGAUAUCACCGGGGAGGCGAUGUCGGACGCCGUGGUAAAAUCAGAGGACGAACGGCGCGACAAGGACUCGUACCCGCUGCCGUCUUUUUUAGUCUAAGGCACGAUCUGGUGAACAUGCGGCGGUGAUUUUGCUAGCCAAGGUGGUGUACUCAAGGAGUAGUGAAAUCAAACCCCUUGAGUACACCCCUUUUCAUCAGAUCGUGGCUUACAUACCUAAUACCUAAUGGAACAGUAUAGUAUAGUUUCUCAAUACUCAAUGCUGACUUGCAUGUUUAACUACCUUAGGCUUGUAAAUAGUCUGAGUUUUGCUGCGUAUUUGUGAAUUGCUAUGCCUGAAGAAGAGCAACGAAACGUGACACCAAACAAGCGACAAUCUGAAUGUGCAAUUAUCAAUAGUCACAUAAACGCUUCAGUCUUAUAAGGCUUUUCGCCAUUCUUGGCUGAGAUCACACAACAUAGUGUUCGCACAAAGUCGUUGAGCACGACGAAUAAUUCACUUGCAUUUUUUAGUCGUUCCAGUUCAUUAAAUAUUGAAAGUAGAUAAAUACCUAUGCGUAACAUCGCAUUGGAACAGUCAUGCUUUAGUCAACCUUCGUUUCUAGAGUUUUGGAAAAAGAUGUCGGAUGAAAAAUGUGAGAAUGUGUAAAUCAAGUAACUUUUACCUACAUACUUUGUUCGACUAUUUAUUUACUGUAUAACCGUUUACUUCCCGUGUCAUUUACAAUGUGUAACAAUAGGUAUAAGUCUAUACGUAAGCUUAGUGCUUGUCUUAUGUUGGAUUAUGACUUUUUUUUGCAUGUGAAUGUUGCUGCUUUUGUGUGUGAUGCAUUUUAACGUAUUUGCGAAGCAUUUAAUACUGCUGCUUGAGUAGUCACAUCAUCAUCUCGAUAAACUAAACUCUCCUGUUUUAGUUUACUAAGGUCUUACAGUAUCGCAAGCAAUAAUGAUUAUCUUAUCCCCAUGAUUGCGAGAGGAUAGAUGAUGCAGGGGUACAGUAACAAACGUGUGGUACGCACAGAAUUAUGAUGGAGGUACUCGCUAAAUGUCGCGAGGAAUGACGUGGAAAGAAGCUUGUCGAUUGUGUACUUGUAGGUAAAUGCGACUGUUUUGGUAUUGUGAAAUCAUGAGGAUCACAUGAUUGAAGUGCGAUGUAAUGAUGACUGUGUGGCAGGUGUAUAAUGGCAGUGAUGGAAGGAUCUGAUCUGAUGAUGUUGCCGCGGCGCAUAUGUCCGGAGCGGACAGUUGAGAGCAUUCCAAGUGCCUACAUUGGAAAUACAGUUUUCAUGUUGAAAUA